AUGGAUGGAGUAGCUGAAGGACUGUGGGAAUUAGUGGAUUUGCAUGAGAAUAAUGGCGAAAUUAUGAAAUCAGUCAAGCGUAUUGAAACCAUUUAUCAAAACACUGUAUCGUUUCUUCCUGUUAUUGAAUUCAAAACUCGGAAAUCUGUUGCAAUUAAACAUGGAACUGGUGCUAUCUCUGAUUUCUAUAGCCAAGACACUAUAAAACUUGGUGAUUUUACUAUCAAGGAACAGCAACUAAAGAUCCUCGAAUCACUUUUGUUGCAGCAAAGUUUGAUGAGAAAGAUGCCUCCAAAGAAUUCCAACAAAAAGAACAACAAUCCACCACCAUCGCCGCCACCUCCUCAGUACGAUCCUACUGUAUUCCAAGCAGCAAUUAUAGCCGUCGUGGCUGCCGCAGUGUCACAGUUUGAAAUGUAUGACGUCUUUAUUAGUAACAAAACUACUGGAUUUUGCGCCAAUGGUUGUGCAACAAUUGCUGAUUUUGGAACCUUUUUUGGCUGGUCCAACGGUAUUGAAGCGAUCACUGUAGGUCCGUCUGCUCAUUCUGGCACAAACCGAAUCAUGAAGACUAAAAAGGAGUACAACCAACUUAUGGUUGAUGUUAAAGAUGUUCCUCAAGAUGAAAAGGAUAAGUUUGUAUGCAAUAUUAAAGCGCUUAGAAUGAUCAGAUUUUCCCUACAGUCUGACACCUUUCGGUUGGUUAGCUCAUGCACAACGGCGAAAGAGGUUUGGGACAGGUUGAAAGAGCUGUAUUCUACUGAUGAGGAUCUUGAGCAUUCAAUUCAAUCUCUAUUGGUUUAA